AUGUCGUUAAAAACCGACAAUGACAUUCACAGUUUGGCUGGAGGCUUGUAUCAGCAGCAGUCAUGCCUUGAACCGCCAAAUGGACACAGUAGCCUGGAGCUGGUACGUUCACCGUUUGCUGGAGCUCGAUUCAUAUUCUCUCUCAUUUGCGACUUUCAGGUUGAAUACAAUCUUGAAGAGGAGCACAUUGAGGCAUUAGACCUUACAGUGCAAAAGGUGUGCCAGAAAGAAGAAUCAGCCACACCAUGCUUCACAACACCAGCAGGAAAUUUGCCAUGCCUAUUGCACCGUGCCGCAGGACCAGACUCUAGGGUUUGCUUUUUUGGGGGAUUCGACACAGUUUCCUUAACACCUGGCGCAGUGAGAGACCUCUGUGGCGUUUCUGACAAUGUUUUCUCGCUCCUGUUAAGUCUCCUGCCUCACACGAGAGAUAAGGGUACUGAUGUCAGUCUUCCGAACAAACUUUUAAUAUUUCUAUUCAAAAUGAAGCACGGAGUGCCUUUUAGUGCAAUUGCAGUAAUUUUUGGCAUUCAUGAAACAACAGCAGCACGAACGUUUCAUGCAGUUCUGGGCACGCUUGCGGGUGCUACAAGAAAGUGGAUAUAUAAGCCACAUAUGCAAGUGAUACGGGAUACACGUCCAGAGUGUUUUAAGGUCAACUAUCCUGACUGCACACUCAUUGUCGAUUGCACUGAGGUGCGCACAGAAACACCAUCAGAGGUGAGGCAACAACAUGUCCUCUACUCCACGUACAAAAGUGGCUUUACAUUGAAAUUUUUAGUUGCGAUUGCCCCCUCUGGCCUCAUUGUAUUCAAGUCCAAAUCCUAUGGUGGGCGUUGCUCAGACACACAAAUCGUGCUAGAAUCAGGAUUCCUUGAAAUAAUUGGUCAGCAUGAUGUUAUUCUUGCUGAUAAGGGUUUUCCUGGAAUACUAGCAGGUGUAGCAGGUAAAAGUGCCGUACUGAUUAUGCCACCAUUCUCAACUGGCAACCAGCCUUUCUCACCUGCAGAACUGCAAGAAACAUACAAUGUUGCUCAAGUGCGCGUGCAUGUAGAGAGAGUGAUACAGCGCAUAAAAACUCAUGGAAUUUUGGAGCACCGUAUUCCUGUCAGUUUGAUUCCUGCCAUGAGUGAGAUUUUUCAUAUGUGCUGCAUUUUGGCAAAUCUGCAAAGUCCAAUAAUUCAAAACAACACAAAGUAAGGUGCUUUAUUUUCACUGUGAUACACAAGCACAGAGUAUCAAACAUAUUUUUGGCAUAAGCACUGCUACCACCUUUUACAAAAUUGUAAUAUUUAAAGGCCAACUUCCCCACAGAGAUUUUGAAAAAUAUUCCGGUCAUGUAUGUUUUUCAUCAUUUUUGGCAAUAAUAAAAAGUGGACCAAUCCAUUCGUGUAAACAUGUGUAGACUUAUGUGCCCAGCUUGUAAACACAAUACUGCUGUUUUGCAGGCAAGCACCAUACAGAAACAAAUUACUAUGCUUUAUUUUUAGAACAUUAAGCGCAGUAUGACACUGAAGAAACUGCUCGUAGCAGUGAUAUUUUAGCCAGCUAACAUAGUAGUGCCCAGGUCACCAGGAAAGCUAGCAGCUUUAUCUGCGACUCUGAAAUUAUAAACUUGGAUGAGAAAUUGUAAAGCAAGGGGACAGCACUAGGCUGAACAAAUUUGCAAACAUAUCUAAGAAGCUAUGGUGCGGCUCUCAACCACCAUACACACACAAAAAAAAAUGGGAGACAUCAAUUAAAAUUAAAGGAGACGUGAUCAGGUCGACGGUGAUCAGACCUCUGGUCUGAUAUAGAUGCCUUGAAUGGAUGGGCCUCAAGGCUACAUUCACUACAGGCAUCAAAAAUGGCUUAAACACUGCAACUGUGAACUAGCCUUAACUGUGCAACAGCAGAGGCUCUCAAUAAGGAAAUACAGUGCAAGCUUACAGAUGCAACUGAAAGAAUCACUGCAACUCCUUCAGUGACAGAAUGGACAUGUAAAAGCCAUGGCAGACGUUCGGGAUCUUUUUGAUGCAGUCUUUCAUGUUGCAGUUAUAAAGCGACAAUAAGCAAAGAAAUUGGUGGUAAUAAAGCAUUGCUGUUCACUUGCAAGUUCCUGAAAGCCAGGCAAUUUCAGAGGAAGAUUUCAGACUAAAACCAGCUUUUGCCAUCAGGUAGCUCAACAGUGUUUAACACUCCAGCAACUUCCUUAAAGGGCCAACAAGUGCAAAGAAUGUGUCAUGAAAUGGUGCAAAGGAAAAGACCAUGAUUUAUAUUGAUAGAAACAAGGAUGCUGUACAUGUUUUAAGUAGCAAUUAUAAUUUUAAAUUGGCACAGAAAUCAAAAAACACUUUGUCACUCACUGGAGGUGAAACCUUGAUACCAACAUACUGUAGGUAAUUGAGCUGUUAAUAAGUGCAGCAUAAUUUACAAAUCAGCCUUUAUAUCACACAGACCUAGGGUCUGUAUCCAAGCUAGCUGGUACAGUGGAAGAUCGAGACAGUAACAUGUUUUGGUAAGGCAGGUAUGGCAAUCACAAUGUAUUUUCUCAUUCUUUCCGCUGUCUGUUUUAUAUUUGUGCUUUACCUGCCUUAAAAUCACAGGCGCUUUAAUCUGUGAGUAUUACAAGGUAAAAAAGGCAUGCAUAAUGGUACACAUGGAUGCUUUUGUACACAGGCGAAUUUGCAUGCAAGUAACCCAAGUUCUGUGGUCCCCCCUAUGAGAUACAAUAUGACAUCAACUAUGCCACAAGUGGGCCAACUCUGCACACUGUAAUCUGUAAAUCUGCACACUGUAAGUCAGGAAAAACGUGUAAUAGAAACUAUACUGCAUUUCAGUACUAAUAAAAAGACCAGUAACCGCGUACACUAGUAGAUGGUCACGUGGCAGAGCUCUUAUGCAGCUUCAUGUGUGUGCCACGUGGUGCGCGAAAGGUCAUUUUUCGCGACUUUUAGUAAUGGAUUAAAAACUAAAUUUCCAAAUUUAAUGAGAAAAACAUGGCUUGUUUUAGCCACUAUGAUAGGGAAUCAUUCCAUAAGCAGGGUUAUCUGAUUUCAUGUGCUGAGCGGCUGUAUGUACCUUUAAGAGCAAACUUACUUCCUGCAAGCAGGAAUCUGGUCUAACGCAUGAGCUGCUUAAUGUAGUAUGAAUAAUAAAACGCCUCCAACCGAGGAAUGUUUCGAGCAAGGAAGUCUUCAUCUCUGUCAACAACUAUAGUAAUAUCUUGCUUGCUUGUAUAAACAAAAAAGAAACAUUCUGUAGUGUUAGUGACAUACAUGGCAACCUGAACCUGUGAAUAAUAUGGGUGGCUGCGAGGCAACUGAAGAAUUCCAUCAUGAUAUGUCACAUAGCUAACGUAGCUUUGGCACAGAGCAUGAUCUAUGAUUAUGUCAUCUUUACGACUGUAGGGGCACUUGAUUUCAAGCAAAACGACACCACUGGUUGUUUGGAAAAGCCCAUCGGGACUUGCACAAAGCCAUGGCUGACAGGGGUGAAUCACAACGCCAA